AACACAGAAGUCUGGAAUGGAGUAUCUGAAUUAUCCAUUGCGUGAUACAUUUCUAGACACCCUGAAGAAAUACCCAUUUGAACAGCUGACUGACUGCGACACAGUUAAUCUGUCCUUCAACAUUGAUGGAUUGCAGCUGUUCAAGAGCUCAGGGAAGGCAAUGUGGCCUGUCCUAUGUGCUGUCCACCUCAAGCCCAUCACUGUUUUCCCAAUCACACUGACGUGCGGAAACAAGCGGCCAACCGACCUGCAUUUUUUAGAUGACAUGGUGGCAGACCUCAAUGAUCUACAAUCUAGUGGCCUGCAACACAGAGAGAAAACAUUUAAAGUUAAUGUUCUUUGCAUUGUGUGCGAUGCUCCAGCAAAAGCCUUGGUCCGUAACACAAAGCUGUGCUCAGGUUAUUACGGCUGUGAUAAAUGCACUCAGAAAGGACAGUGGUUUAACAGAGUUACAUAUCAGGAAACAGAAGAACUCACCCUGCGAACAGACGAAGCAUUCAGACAUCAAACCCAAGAAGAGCACCAUCAUGGCAACACUCCCCUGCUCAACUUGCCUAUCGACAUGGUAAAAGCCUUCCCCAUUGACUACAUGCAUCAGGCAUGCUUGGGUGUCAUGAAAAAGCUUCUCCUCAUCUGGAGCAGAGGAGAGAAAGGUUGUAGAAUGUCUGUGACACAAAUACAGGAGGUGAGCAGCAGGCUUCUUCACCUUAAACCUGAAAUUCCCUCAAUCUUCUCCCGCAAACCACGAGGUCUUGAAGAGCUGGAAAGGUGGAAAGCCACGGAAUUCCGGCAGUUUAUGCUGUACACUGGUAAGGUGGUGCUGAGGGGAAUUCUGAGGGAUGACCUGUACCUCCACUUCUUGUCCUUUAGUGUGGUGAUGUGCAUUUUAGUGAGCUCUACGACUCUCAAGCAGUAUUCACAAUACGCUCAACAACUACUGCAGUACUUUGUUGUGAGAGGACGGGAGCUUUAUGGCAAGACGUUUCUUGUGUACAAUACGCACACAAUGCUCCACAUAACUGCAGAUGCCGUUUUGUUCGAUGGGUUGGACAACUGCAGUGCCUUUAAAUUUGAAAGUUUCUUGCACACCAUGAAGAGGAUGGUGAGGAAUGGAAGAUGCCCCCUUUCCCAGGUGGUGAAGAGGAUCGAGGAGAGAAAAGAAGAACCCCUGCAAGUGCAAAAACAGAAAAUUACAAAUAGCCCAAAGGACAGAGCGUUCGUGCUGGAUAGUGAGGAAGGCUGCGAUGUCAUUGAUGAGACAGAAAAAAAUGGGUGCCACCUGUGCCGUGUAUAUAGUAAUCCGCAACCACUGUUUUUGGAGCCUUGUAACUCAUCAAUCAUUGGAGUGUUUCAAUACAAGAACACAACCACAACUAUGAGAUGGAUUCCCUGCGAAACAAUAAAGAGUAUCGCCAUGAAGACACAAAUGGGGGAUAAAACGAUCUUCAUGAAAAUCUUACACAAACUAUGAAAUGUACUACAUUGUAGAAUUCCUUGAGGAAAACCUGGUGGGAAUAGUGGCACAGUGUUGGACCUAUG